AUGAUGAGUUCAAGAACAUGCGGUUCAGUAUUCUUGGUGACAUUCUGUUGCCUUCUGCUUCAUUCAGCCGAUUCAAGAACAGAUCCUUCAGAAGUAAAUGCUUUGCGGGAGAUCAAGAGGAGUCUAGUUGAUCCUAUGGGAAAUUUAAGUAACUGGAAAAAGGGUGACCCGUGCAAAUCAAACUGGACUGGCAUUAUAUGCUUCGACAGCUCGCAUGAUGAUGGCCACUUACACGUCCGAGAGCUCCAAUUGAUGAGGCUGAAUUUAACUGGAGAGCUGGCUCCUGAAGUUGGCCAGUUAUUGCUUCUCGAAAUUCUUAAUGUGAUGUGGAACAAAUUGACUGGGCGUAUUCCUUUGGAGAUAGGAAGAAUUUCUUCUUUGAAACUCCUACUGUUGAAUGGGAACCAAUUUGCGGGUAGUUUACCCCCUGAACUUGGUAAUCUUGGAAAUCUAAACAGGCUUCAAGUGGAUGAGAACAAUAUAACAGGUUCAGUUCCACCUGCAUUUGGAAACUUGAGAAGCAUAAAACAUCUCCACUUCAACAAUAACACGAUAAGCGGAGAAAUUCCAGUUGAGCUAUCCAAAUUGCCCAAGCUUGCUCACCUGAUACUGGACAAUAAUAACUUGACUGGGACUUUGCCAGUAGAGUUAGCUCGACUGCCAUCGUUGACCAUACUUCAGCUGGAUAACAACAACUUCGAUGGUUCUGAGAUUCCAGAGGCUUAUGGAACGUUUUCUAGAUUAGUAAAAUUAAGCUUAAGGAACUGUGGACUGCAAGGAUCAAUUCCUGAUUUAAGCAGGAUAGAAAAUCUUAGCUAUCUAGAUCUAAGUUGGAACAACCUCACAGGCACUAUACCAGAAUCCAAGCUUUCCGACAAUAUGACAACAAUUGAACUAUCUUAUAACAACCUCACUGGAUCUAUACCACAAAGUUUCUCAGAGUUGGGCUCGCUUCAAUUACUUUCACUUGAGAACAACAGUUUAUCUGGUUCUGUUCCAGCAGAAAUGUGGGAGAAUAAGUCUUUCGAGAACAGAAAGCUGCAAGUUGAUCUCAGGAACAAUAACUUCUCUGAUACUACAGGAAACCUGAUAACACCGGACAACGUUACCCUAUAUCUUCGUGGCAACCCAAUAUGCAAGAGUGCAAGCAUUCCCAUCGUUAAACAACUCUUCGAAGAUAUCUGCGGCGAGAAAAAGCAAACAUCUACAAACUCAAGUACACCCUGCAGUAAUGUGUCAUGCCCCUACGAGAAUGUGAAAGUUUCCCCAGGAAUCUGCUUGUGUACAGCGCCUCUUUCUAUUGAUUAUAGGCUAAAGAGCCCUAGCUUCUUUUUCUUCACUCCAUUUAUUAAAAACCAAUUCAUGGAGUAUAUUACCACGUCCCUCCAAUUGGAAACUCAUCAACUAGCAAUUGAUAGACUUGUUGAUGAGAAUAAGCUGCGACUAAGGAUGUACUUGAAGCUAAUUCCGAAAGAUAAACCAAAAUUCAACAUUAGCGAAGUCAUACGUAUCAGGGACAGGUUUAUGUCAUGGAGUUUUGGUGGUAAUGACUUUUUUGGACCCUAUGAGCUGCUGGAAUUCCCUCUUGAAGGACCCUAUGCUUUAACUCCAAAGAGUGGACUUAGCACAGUUGUAUGGGCGAUGAUAGUGGCAGGAUCUAUUGUCGCUGCCACUGCUAUAUCUGUGAGUGUAACACUUCUUUAUGUUAGGAAACGUCGUGAAAAUUCGCAUAUACUCACCAGAAAACGUUUCUUCAGGACAAUAUUUCGGGAAAUGGAAGGGGUGAAGAAGUUCAGUUUCGUAGAACUUUCGGAUGCAACUAAUGGUUUUGAUAGCUCCACAAUGAUCGGUAGAGGUAGCUAUGGAAAGGUCUACAAAGGCAUUUUGCCGGAUAAAACUGAAGUAGCCAUCAAACGAGGAGAAGAAACUUCUCUGCAGAGCGAGAAAGAGUUUCUGAAUGAGAUCGAUCUGCUUUCGAGGUUACAUCACCGGAAUCUUGUGACUCUACUUGGCUACAGUAGUGACAUCGGGGAACAGAUGCUGGUAUAUGAGUACAUGCCUAAUGGCAAUGUGCGUGAUUGGCUUUCAGCUAAUGCUACAGACACAUUGAGCUUUAGCAUGAGGUCACUUGUGGCUUUGGGUUCAGCUAAAGGGAUUCUUUACCUUCACACUGAAGCAAAUCCGCCUGUUAUUCAUCGCGAUAUCAAAACCAGCAACAUACUCUUGGACUGUCAGCUUCAUGCUAAAGUUGCUGAUUUCGGACUGUCACGUUUGGCUCCUGCUUUUGGGGACGUAGAGGGUGAGCCCGCGCAUGUAUCAACCGUAGUGAAAGGAACACCGGGAUAUCUAGAUCCAGAGUACUUCAUGACACAGCAAUUGACGGUGAAGAGCGAUGUGUACAGCUUCGGAGUAGUGUUGCUUGAGCUCUUGACUGGAAUGCACCCAUUCUUUGAGGGUACACAUAUUAUCCGCGAGGUCAGGAUGGCGCAUGAAUGUGGAACGGUUCUUUCACUGGCGGAUAGUCGGAUGGGACAAUGUUCUUCCGAUAAAGUGAAGAUGUUGGCGGAAUUGGCGUUAUGGUGUUGUGAGGAUAGACCAGAAAUGAGACCAUCGAUGUCAAAAGUGGUGAAGGAUUUAGAAAGUAUUUGCCAAUCUGUGCGAGAAACCAAAAUGUUCUCUGAAACCACAACAUUGCUCUGCACAAAAACAUCGUCGUCAUCUUCUUCUGUAUUCUCGCCCUUGGUUUUACUUCCUGGAAGUAACUUGGACAGUAGUUUUUCCAAGCUGUAA